AGCUGUAGAACGAAGCAGAUUGCAUUUCAACAAACUACAACUUUGAAACAUACGCUUAACUUUUGAAAAUGUUCAAGUUUCUGGUCCUGCUCGCCGUUGUUUCGGCAAUUGCUGCCAAUUCGAUCCCCGUGCCACCGACCAGCGGCCAACCGUCGGUUCCAAUGCCUCCACUUCCGAUGUUGAUGCGGCAAGCCCGGGCAGCUGAGAUGCCAACGGAACCCAAAGAAGUACAAUCUACCGGGGAAGCUGCUGAAUCUGCUGACGACAUGGAGAAGGCGGAAACGUUCGGAUUUGGAUUCCACAAGCACAUCUACGUGAGCCCGUCGUACGGUUAUGGUGGAUACUAUCCUUACAGUUACGGAUACGGAUACGGAUAUCCAAGCUACGGAUACGGUGGUUAUGGAUAUCCUUACUAUUAUUGAAUCCUCA